UCUGUCUGUUUCUCGGUCUCCUCGUCUUCUCCGAGGCGUCUCCGUCGUCUCCGGCAAGGCGCACGGCGGGUUCAUGAUCAGGAGGUCCGUUCGCUAAGCGGUCUGGCGCAGGAGCAAGAGGAUGGAUAAUCUUGCUGUUCGGUUUCACUUUGGUGGGUCAUUUCUCAAUACCGGUGGGCAGUUGCAAUAUGUUGGAGGGAGAACAGGGAUGUCCGAAGUUGAGUUGGACAAGAUAUCUUAUCCAGAGAUCAAGGGUCAUCUUGCUGAUCAUGUGACCCACUCGAGCUGCUACAGGUUGCAUUGGUUGAAGCCUGGUUGCCAAUUGUCAGAUGGCCUUUUGUUACUUACUGAUGAUGCAUCAUGCCAAUGGAUGGCUGAUAACAUGACUGAUGGAGGUGCUGCAGACAUAUAUGUCGAGGAAGUCUAUGGUAUGCAGUGUGUUGAGCAGAGUCCUGAGAAAAAGGAUAAGGAUUGGAGGAGUUUUAUGCAGUUCUAUAGAUCCCCACCUAAGAUUUCACAAGACUACAAUGAGGCUGAAUGCUAUAUGAGUGGUAGAAGCGAAUAUGAGCAGAGCUAUGUUGAUGGUUCUGCUGAUGACGAGGUAGAUGAUGCUGAUGGCAAUGCUCAUGAAGACAGCAGUGACAAUGACACAUCAGAUGAAGAGUACAAGCAGCCACCAGAAGAUGACAGUUCUGCUGAUGAUGAAGAAGGCCAACAGUUCAAGAAAUUUGCAAAAGAGAUUAAGCGCAAUAUAAAGGCUAAGAAGCUUGGAGUCCAUGGGAGCCAGCUUGGAGAAAUCAGGCUUGAAGAUGUUGUGGCCGAAGUGCCAAACUUAGAUGAUCCUGGUAGCCCAUGCUACGACUCUAGUGAUGCCUAUUCCUAUGAAGAAGACAGUGAUGGAGAGACACAAAGGUGGAAGAGCAUAGAGAACCGAUAUGACAGCAAGGCUGCAGUUCCUAUCUUCACACUUGGAAUGGCCUUUAGGAGCAGUAGGCAAUUCAAGAAGGCAGUGGUGAAAUAUGGCAUAGCAACUCACAAGCACAUCAAGUUUGUAAAGGAUGAGAAGAAAAAGGUGAGGGCUAUGUGUACUUGGAAAGGUUGCAAGUGGCUGAUAUAUGGUUCCAUCACCAGCAGGUCUGAGUGGUUCAAAGUUGUUACCUUUGUUGAUGAACAUACUUGCCCACCAAGGAGAGACAACAAGUUGGUCACAUCAAACGUGAUUGCAAAACAUUAUUACAGUGAAAUCAAAGAUAAUCCCACCUGGAAGGUUGGCCUUAUCAAGAAAGCAGUGCUUAAAGACCUGCUUGCAGAUGUGUCCAUUGCCAAGUGCAAGAGAGCAAAAUCAUUAGUUCUAAAGGCUGCUCUAGAUUCCAUGAAGGGUGAGUACACUAGGGUUUAUGACUAUCAGGCCGAGCUUCUUAGGAGCAAUCCUGGCUCAACAGUUGUGGUCUGUUUAGACCCUGAAAUUGAGGACAGGCAUGUCUUUGAAAGGUUCUAUAUUUGCUUUGAUGCUCUGAAAAAAGGAUUCAAAGCUGGAUGUAGAAGGGUAAUAGGAUUGGAUGGGUGUUGGUUCAAAGGUGCCAACAAUGGGUAG